AACAGAUGAUAACAAGCGUUUCAGAGCGGCGCCGAGGACCAGAGGAGAGACGGAGACAGGCGCAGGAGGACGGACAGGUAGGACGCUGCAGGACGUGAGACAUCUGGAGGAAAAAGAGAGUUCAGCAGAUAUCAUCAUGGCAGAAGGUUCCGACAUGGAGCAGCUUCUCACGGCCUUCAGGAAGUUUUCUGUUUACGGAGACCCGAAGGCAACGGGAAAAGAGCUGAACGGGAAGACGUGGGCAAAACUGUGCAAAGACUGCAGGAUCAACGAUGGCAAGAACGUCACCAGUACCGAUGUGGACAUCGUCUUCUCUAAGGUCAAACAGAGGACAGCUCGAGUCAUCACCUAUGAGGAGUUCCAGCGAGCGCUUGAGGAACUGGCUCCAAAGAGGUUUAAAGGCCAAAGUAAGGAGGAGGCGCUGCAGUCCCUUCAUAAGCUGGUGGAGGGUGGAGAACCCAGCAGCGUUGGCGUGACGAAAGUGGCCAAGACGGCGACGGUGGACCGCCUGACCGACCCGUCCCGUUACACCGGAUCCCACAAGGAGCGCUUUGAUGACAGCGGCCGGGGAAAAGGGCGCGAAGGGCGGGAAGAGAUCGUGGAGAACACGGGCUACGUGACCGCGUACAAGAACGCCGGGACGUAUGACAGCAAAGUGAAGGCUGAGAAGUGAGCCCCUGCUGGAGGCUCAGAGGAAGUGCGCUUCUCCUGCAGCGGCACUUGGACUGGACCAAACCCUGAACUGUGAUUGUGUGUUAGUGUAAACGGCACAGAGCUGGAGUCUUAGGAACCGCUCUCAGAUCAGAUUCUGUCUGGAUGAGACAGCAGUGAUACCGUAAUGAAGACAGAACAGCGCCCCCUAUGGCUGGAGACAUGUAGCCUGGCCAGCCGGUUGUCCUGCGCAUCAGUCUGGUGACGAGCUGGUAGUCGGUUUCAAAGGCGGGACUAACUGGGUCAGCGUCAUCAGGUCAGAACCAAUCGGAUAACUAUGGAUGUGACGCAAAAAUCUCUAAGCAACACAAAGUUUUUUUAUCGAGUUUAUGGAGAUAAACUCUCCAGUGAACAAUUUGUUGCCACUUUGUCUAAAAAAUCAGAGGAUGCCUGGUGAACUCGUCUUCCAAGGCCCCAAGCAAGAAAAAUCUCCAAAUGUAUCUUGACUGUUAUGGUAGCAGAAAAGCUCUACUGCAUUGUGGGUAAUUCUGCCGCUGAGAGUGGCGCAUCGUAAAGUCCCGCCUCCCGCGCUGCGAUUGGUCCACUGAGUUUUGGGCCGGAGGGAACGGAGCCUCAUCAGACUGAUUUGCAGUCUGGCUGGCCAGGCUGGGAGCAAUCAUCAUAUAAGUGGACUUUAAAUUUUGUUCUCAUUUCAAAGUAUCACAUUAGCUAAAUCUGCCCAAAGUCCUUUUUAUGUUUUCUUCAUCCAUUUUCUUUAAAUGUUCUCUUUAGCACCACCUGCUGAUUCAAACAAGGAUUGUGAGCUCAAAGUAAAAUAAAAAAUAUUUAGAGCUUCUAUGUUGUUUAAAAUGAUUCCAGAUGUUGAACUAUCAUAGCUGCUUCCUGCAAUAAAGCUUUCUAAUCACUUUAA